UGGAGUACAGUAGACGCGUUUCGAUGUUCCUACUUUGGGGCAGACUCGGAUAUCUCAAUACCGGCAUCCUGUUGUUGUAAAAUCGGCAUUUUUUUUAAUGUUCGAACAAGACGUACCUUUCCAAAACCUGGAACGAUAAGAUAAUACUUAAUGUCACGAAAUAGCAAGUAUAGGAAUACGACUUUAAUUGCGACAUAUUUGGGACCAUUUUUCCGGAGCUUGGAUGCUUUCAUAGUUGACAUAUCAUUCGGGAUUCAGACCGACAAUAUUUUCUUAUCUUUGGACAUUUUACAACCACCAAACCUUUAAUUCCUGCAGGAAUAGGUUUACGAAGAAACAUUGUAGCCUACCCCGUCUAUAAACGUUCCAGAACCAGUUCCGGAACCAGUUCCAGAACCAGUUCCAGAGAUACAUCUUUUCAAUUUGGAUCAGUAAACAUGAUUGGACUGAAGUACAAUGUGUCUCUACCCAUGGCUGCAGGGGCCCUGUUAGUGGGCAUCCCCUACUCCAUCUCGCUUGUAGCCCAGUGGAUGUAUGGCUGGCCUAACAAGCCUGGCUAUAAAAAGUACAUAGAGGCGCUGAAGCCAAGGCGGAUAUACUGUCUGACUAGAGCGGUGCUGGAGAUGCUGAAGUACUUCCAGUACGGCAAACUCUACUUCCAGUGGAAGUCCUGGUACAAGAAUGUAGAAAACCACAAGCAUUAUGAAAAGGGCAUCGCGUUUGGUCGUCGUAGCAACCGGCUAGACUUGUACUAUUCUCCCACAGUGGCCCAGCCAGGCAGUGAACAGGUGCCUGUGGUAGUGUUUAUAUACGGGGGAGGCUGGGGUUCAGGGGAGAGGUCCAUAUACUGUCUACUGGCCAUGCAGAUGGCUAAGGAGCUCAGCGCAACGGUGAUCUGUCCGGACUAUUGCACCUACCCAAAGGGUAAUGUUUUGUCUAUGGUUCAAGACAUCGCAGACUGUCUCGUUUGGGCGAGGGAGAACGGCCAUAAGUUCAAAUUUGACAAAGAUAACAUUGUGUUAAUCGGCCACUCCGCUGGGGCUCACCUGGCAGCUCUAACCGUCCUGUUCAUGGUCGAGGGCCGAGACGAGCUCUUUAUAGAUGCCAAGAAGCAGACAGAGAUCACCAUGGCAAUCAGAGGAGUUACAGGUUUGAGUGGAGUGUACAACAUAAUUGACCACUACGAGCAUGAACAGAUGAGAGCUGUGGAGUAUGUCUCUACGAUGCACAAAGCCAUGAACGGAGUGGAGAACUUCCCUUAUUAUUCACCCACACACCUACUGAAGGAAUUCAGCGAGGAACAACUGAAAAGAGUGCCACCUUUCUGCUUGCUGCACGGAACGAGUGACAUCAUAGUUCCGGUGGCAUCUUCCCAGAGGUUCUCUGAGCAGCUCACCUUGCUUUCAAUCAAGGUGUCCCUGUACCUCAUGCCUAAAAUGGACCACACCGAAAUAGUCACCGAUCUCAUGGCGACAGACAGGCACUUCUACAACACAGUGUACAGCUGCAUCAAACAGGAAUACAGCAAGUUCAUAGGCCAGGUCUGUCACUGCUGAACGUUCUUCUAGACCUGUCUUCCAGACUUCUACACAACCAGGAAACUAACUUAAACACAAUACAUUAUCCAUUCAUUCAUGACGUGCCGCAAUUCUUCGUUUACAUCUUUUUCAGUGCAUUAUUAUGAUACCUUUGAACUUACAGGAUUUAACCUUUUUUGACUUAAAAACAUUUAGCAGUUUAACAGUUUAGCCGCUCUGUUUUAAUCUCAAUAAUGAUUCCUCUUCUUCCUCUGGUGUUUUACUGAAUGAUAUUUAUGAUAGUUCCCUGAUUGUAAACAGAAUGAAUGAUAUUUAUGAUAGUUCCCUGAUCGUAAACAGAGAUCGUAAACAUACUGAAUGAUAUUUAUGAUAGUUCCCUGAUCGUAAACAGAGAUCGUAAACAUACUGAAUGAUGUUGAUGAUAGUUCCCUGAUCGUAAACAUACUGAAUGAUGUUGAUGAUAGUUCCCUGAUCGUAAACAUACUGAAUGAUGUUGAUGAUAGUUCCCUGAUCGUAAACAGACUGAAUGAUGUUGAUGAUAGUUCCCUGAUCGUAAACAUACUGAAUGAUAUUGAUGAUAGUUCCCUGAUCGUAAACAUACUGAAUGAUAUUGAUGAUAGUUCCCUGAUCGUAAACAUACUGAAUGAUAUUGAUGAUAGUUCCCUGAUCGUAAACAUACUGAAUGAUGUUGAUGAUAGUUCCCUGAUCGUAAACAGACUGAAUGAUAUUGAUGAUAGUUCCCUGAUCGUAAACAGACUGAAUGAUAUUGAUGAUAGUUCCCUGAUCGUAAACAGACAAUGAUAUUGAUGAUAGUUCCCUGAUCGUAAACAGACUGAAUGAUAUUGAUGAUAGUUCCCUGAUCGUAAACAUACUGAAUGAUAUUUAUGAUAGUUCCCUGAUCGUAAACAUACUGAAUGAUAUUGAUGAUAGUUCCCUGAUCGUAAACAUACUGAAUGAUAUUUAUGAUAGUUCCCUGAUCGUAAACAUACUGAAUGAUAUUGAUGAUAGUUCCCUGAUCGUAAACAUACUGAAUGAUAUUGAUGAUAGUUCCCUGAUCGUAAACAGACUGAAUGAUAUUUAUGAUAGUUCCCUGAUCGUAAACAGAGAUCGUAAACAUACUGAAUGAUGUUGAUGAUAGUUCCCUGAUCGUAAACAUACUGAAUGAUGUUGAUGAUAGUUCCCUGAUCGUAAACAUACUGAAUGAUGUUGAUGAUAGUUCCCUGAUCGUAAACAUACUGAAUGAUAUUGAUGAUAGUUCCCUGAUCGUAAACAUACUGAAUGAUAUUGAUGAUAGUUCCCUGAUCGUAAACAGACUGAAUGAUAUUGAUGAUAGUUCCCUGAUCGUAAACAGACUGAAUGAUAUUUAUGAUAGUUCCCUGAUCGUAAACAGACAAUGAUAUUGAUGAUAGUUCCCUGAUCGUAAACAGACUGAAUGAUAUUGAUGAUAGUUCCCUGAUCGUAAACAUACUGAAUGAUGUUGAUGAUAGUUCCCUGAUCGUAAACAGACUGAAUGAUAUUGAUGAUAGUUCCCUGAUCGUAAACAGACAAUGAUAUUGAUGAUAGUUCCCUGAUCGUAAACAGACUGAAUGAUAUUGAUGAUAGUUCCCUGAUCGUAAACAUACUGAAUGAUGUUGAUGAUAGUUCCCUGAUCGUAAACAUACUGAAUGAUGUUGAUGAUAGUUCCCUGAUCGUAAACAUACUGAAUGAUAUUGAUGAUAGUUCCCUGAUCGUAAACAGACUGAAUGAUAUUGAUGAUAGUUCCCUGAUCGUAAACAUACUGAAUGAUAUUGAUGAUAGUUCCCUGAUCGUAAACAGACAAUGAUAUUGAUGAUAGUUCCCUGAUCGUAAACAGACUGAAUGAUAUUGAUGAUAGUUCCCUGAUCGUAAACAUACUGAAUGAUGUUGAUGAUAGUUCCCUGAUCGUAAACAUACUGAAUGAUAUUUAUGAUAGUUCCCUGAUCGUAAACAUACUGAAUGAUAUUGAUGAUAGUUCCCUGAUCGUAAACAUACUGAAUGAUAUUUAUGAUAGUUCCCUGAUCGUAAACAUACUGAAUGAUAUUGAUGAUAGUUCCCUGAUCGUAAACAGACUGAAUGAUAUUGAUGAUAGUUCCCUGAUCGUAAACAGAGAUCGUAAACAGACUGAAUGAUAUUGAUGAUAGUUCCCUGAUCAUAAACAGACUGAAUGAUAUUGAUGAUAGUUCCCUGAUCGUAAACAUACUGAAUGAUACUGAUGAUAGUUCCCUGAUCGUAAACAUACUGAAUGAUAUUGAUGAUAGUUCCCUGAUCGUAAACAGAGAUCGUAAACAUACUGAAUGAUGUUGAUGAUAGUUCCCUGAUCGUAAACAUACUGAAUGAUAUUUAUGAUAGUUCCCUGAUCGUAAACAGAGAUCGUAAACAUACUGAAUGAUGUUGAUGAUAGUUCCCUGAUCGUAAACAUACUGAAUGAUAUUGAUGAUAGUUCCCUGAUCGUAAACAGAGAUCGUAAACAGACUGAAUGAUAUUGAUGAUAGUUCCCUGAUCGUAAACAUACUGAAUGAUAUUGAUGAUAGUUCCCUGAUCGUAAACAGACUGAAUGAUGUUGAUGAUAGUUCCCUGAUCGUAAACAGACUGAAUGAUAUUUUAAUAUGAUAGCUGCUGCAUCUGAUGAAGGAGAGAUACCAGGCAAACUAAACAUGCAUUUGACAUAUUUGACCUAGAGUAAGUCUGGUAUAUGAGAAUAUUGGUUUAACUAGGAUGCCUGUGAGUUAUCCUAGAGGGCCCACUAUACAGUAUAUCCAGCUACAGCCUUUAUAGAAAUACUGUUAUAUUACGUAUCCAUGAUAUCCAAUGCUUUCUCAAUGGGAGUCGUUCCCGCCAACGUCCACCAUCAACGUCCCAUCCAUUUUCAUGGACAGAAAGUUUCAGAUGAGUUUUUUUGAUUGGUCGAUGGAGACGUUGGCCAAUUAGACACACUCUGCACCGGACCAAAAUGAAUCCGUUCUGAUUUGGUUUCCGUUCUCCACGGAUCAGUUUGGCCACGCCCUUAUAUAGCCAGUAUUAUGUGUACCGUGUGGAACCCUAAAUGGCACCCUAUUCCCUACUUGGUGCAUUACAUUUGACCAGAGUCCUAUGGGCAGUGCACUACAUAGGGAAUAGGGUACCAGUUGGGACAGAGACUGGUAGCAGAACUAUUGUAUAUUUUCUACUGAUAAUCUGUUGCAUUAAUAUGGUCAACCCAGGAGAACAUUAGAUUAUCUGUUUUAUUAAAUAUUAGGACAUCAACUAUAUAGUACAUCUGAUUAAAUCCAUUCAGUACAUUAUUCUACAGGGUUGGGGUCAAUUCCAUUUCAAUUCAGAAAGUAAACCAUUGAAAAGUAUUGAUGGUAAUUGUAAUUUCAGUGUACUUCCUGAAUUGACCCAGAACCCUGUUACUGUAUUUAACAUUUUGAAUAUCUGCUGUUAAUUACAUAGUUAUGCACUGGUUCAAUAAAAUUAUUACAAGUGUCAAA